AUAGCGCGAUGGUCCCCAAAACAAAUAGGAGAUUUCUAUCAUGGUUGUUGGCUGAGUCAUUCCCCAUAUCAGCUCUUAUGGUACGGAAAAGUGCCUAGACUACCAGAAUUGCGAACUAGACCUUCAUGGUCUUGGGCAUCAACCCAAAUGAGGAAGAGAUGGUUUGCGGGCGAUCGAGUAAAUUCGAUCGUCGUUCUUUGCGGCUCUUUUCAGCCACAUCCUCCAACGGGUCUCGGUAUUAACUGCCCUGUUCAUACAGGAGUCAUAGUAGAAAAGCUUUCGCGCGUAAAAGAUUCCAAUUAUAUAAACAAUACAAACAAUAUAUGGCCAUGGAGAAUUUCACCGGAGCUUCAAGAACUGGAGGGGAACUUCGUGGUCGUUAAUGACAAGGACGAAACGGUGGGCUUCGUAUUCGUGGAAGAUGUAUCCUGGUUUCACGAGAAAGCUUAUGGGUAUCUGCCCCUAGCCGCGGCUUUCAUGCUACAGGAACUCAGAUUUUCGACCGACAUAUAUGAAAAGUACAUGUACUGUGGCUUAUUGCUUGUAGCGCACAAGAGUAAGCCGAAUUCAUAUUACAGAGUCGGAUUCAUCUACGUUGGGAGCCAAACUUACUUUAGGCAAGCUACUAAGCAGGAGAUUGUCCUGUUAUAGGGUGCUACACCAUGUAUGACCUAAAUGAAUUGUUGGAAAGACAUUUUUAUGAUAUGUGAUACCUGAUAGAAGUCUUGUUGCUUUAUAAGAGGACGAAGAGAAAGGGAAAGACUACCUAGGUAGAGCUAGAAAAGAGAGUGGGAAUCGUCGAUGAGUGGUCACAAUUUUACUAACUAUUUCAAUGCUAUUGGCUCUAUGUCGGAUUCGCGUUUAGUUCAUCAAUGGCACGAUAGCUGACGUUAAACA